GGAUUCUUGUGUCAUUAUCAUGAUACUCUUUUUUUUUUUUUUUUUAAUAUAUAUAUAGGAUCUCCUUUUAGAUGAUUUUCCAAUUGUCCGAACUACAGCUGUAAUAGGUACAUGCAUCGCUAUGAGUGUAAACUGGGAGCUAUUUCCAGAAGAGAUGUUACGAACGUAUUUUAAAAUAAUAGUGAAUGAUUUGAGCUAUGAUUCAUCUUCUUCAGAUGUGAGAUGUGCUGUUGCAAAGGGUCUUAAAGUUUUGUUGGAAAACCCAUUAACAUUACCCACUUUGCAAAGAGUUCUUCCAAAAGUGCAAGGUCUUUUUCAUGAUAUUUCUGAGUCUGUAAGAAUAGCAUUCUGUAAAUUACUGUUACGAGUCAAAAAGAUAUCUGCUAUAAAGUAUUUUGAUAUUGUUCCUUUGGAUCAUCUUUUGGCUCGCUUAGAAGAAGAUACUGCAAUUAAUAAAUUGAUUGUGACUUUAAUUCAUAAUAGUUAUUUUCCACAACAAGAAAUGGCCCAUAUUUGGAUAGCUAGAUGCUUAGAGUUGAUUAAAACAGAUAGAGGUGCUUCUAGAAUUCUCUUUCAAUAUGUACCUUCUGAUAUUGGCAUAAAGUCAACAGUGAGAUUUAUGAGUCAGUGUUUGAAAACUAUUCAUACCUUUAUUAAAGCCAAGAUUUCAGCAAAAAACAUUUGUACAUUGUCAAGUCGGAGAUCAAGCAUAAAUAAAGCCAUUAGAUUGUAUGAAGAACUGAGAAUUUUCGAUGAUCAAAAUAUGGUAGCUGGAGUAUUAGAUGCAGUUGUUAUUAUGUAUCAUGCAAUUUCAUCUUAUAUUAGAAAGCCUGAAAAUAAAGAACAUAUGAAGGAAUUUGUGGGCCAGUGUACAAAAUAUCUGGGUGACCUUUCUAUUUAUUAUAAGGAUUCUCCUGAAUGGCGAUCUAUAUAUAUCCUCAGUAGCUUUAUGCCUGCAUGCUCUGUUCCGACACUUGGAAGUUUAUGUUUCUAUAGACUCAAAACUUUGCCUUCAGAUGCAGAAUAUGAUGAUUACAUUACAUUAUUAGAAUGUUUGUGUAACCAGGGUCAGGGUUUGCAACUUUUAAACUUGAUACAAGAGUGGGUUGAAGUUGGAUUACUACAGAAGUGGAAAAUGACACCACCAUCACCUCUACCAUCAAAAAGACGAAAUACAAGAGGAUCCAGAAAAAGUGAUUCAAGUGGAUAUGACAGUUCAAAUGAAAAAUGUGAACAGGAUAAUUUAAGUGACAUAUGUGAAAAAAUCACUUCAGAUAAAGUAAUUUAUCUACCCAAACCUGAGUUAUCUGCUCAGUUAAUGAAUGCAGUGUUAAACAGUUAUGUUUGUCAAAAGACACUCUUGAAAUCUAAUUGUGAUGAAUUGAAAGAUUUUUUGAAUUUUACAGAUAUUUUAAAGAAAAGAAUUGAAGAGUUGGAAACAAAGCUACUUAACAGUGCAGAAUGGGCCUUUUUAAAAGAUUUAUGCAUUGCUCUGUUGACAAUUGCUGUUCUUCUGCAUGGUGAAGAAAAAUAUGAAGCUGUAAAAUAUAUUGAAGAUUGGAUAAUAUGGUUUCAAAAAUAUAUGGAUGUCUUGUGUGUUCCACUGAAUGAGUCUCCUACCACAGCUGCCUCUGAAAAAAAUUCAUGGAAGAAGAGAAAGCAAGAGAGUUUUCAAGAGUCUCAGCCAUUUCAGUGGCUCAUACUAAAUAUUUGCAAAGGUUUAAUUCAUGUAGCUGCUGAUAUGACAGUUGUAGGAUUUGUUGAUAAAGAAUCAAGAGCCUUUUUUAAAUUCACCAAAACAAUUCUUGAAUUAGAAUUAGGACCUCAUUUUCUUUUACCUAUCUGCAAAUUCUUGUUUAAGCAUAUUUCAGAAGGAGAAUAUCUUUAUUUGAAAGAAGAUGGUAAUACUAUUUUAUUAGAACCAGUACCUGCAUUCUUGCAUAAAAUUCUUGGGUGUCUAAAUGAUGAGAAUUUCUUUAAAAAAAUGCCUGCAGCGGAUAUGAAAGAAAUACAGUAUGUACUUGAUGGAUUACUACACGUAAUAACUAAUGAAUCACUUCUGAGGAAAGAACUGAGAGGUGUGCCACUUGAAAUUGUAAAAUGCAUCACAAGCAGCAUUUUAGAAGAUUCUAACUGUGUACAGUGUUUCAAAGAGAGUUAUGAGCCCCUCGACAAAAUACCUAUCCCAAAGCACUGUGAUUUUUUUAUCGGCAUAAUGUGUCUGAAGUACAAAACAUUUGUGACUUUUCUAAAAGAAUUGUGUUACUGGUGUAUAAAAUCAGUGGAAGAUAAAGAAUCUCCAGAUGACGAUUUUCAGUUAUGGAUUGCAUGUUGUGUAAUUCUCUUCAAUAUUUUUCGAAUUAAAGGUUUAUCAAAAGGUGCUAUCAGAACAUUAGCUGUAACAGUAGGAGAACUGGAAAAACUUCUUUUGAAAUGGUAUCCUAUAAAAGAAUCAGAAACUGUAGAAACAACUAAAUUGAGGAAUGUUUUUGAAGAAGAUGAGCAGAAUAACAAACUAAUUGAAGAGGAUGAGGUGAUAAAAGAUUUAAGUAUUGACAAACAUUGGCAUUCUGAAUUUGAAAAACUCAAGAAUUGCCUGUCAUUGAAAAUUUCUAAUUUAAAAAAAUAAGGCUGUUAGAAUGUUAGUGUAAAUUUAAAGUAUUACAUUUCAUAAAUUUUAUUAAAUGUAUUUUAACUCACUACAUAUAUCUUAAUUUUUACAUAUUUACUUAAUAAGUUUAUAAAUUUUUUUAUGCAUUCAAUGUUAUAUUUUGACAAAUAUCUUUUGUAAUUCAUCUUUGGACAGAUUUUAUUUAAGGGCUUUUCAUUGUAAAUAAAACAUUUAAAAAAUACUAUUGAAUAAUUAAAUUAUUUUUAUGAAAUGUUUGUACAUAAUCUAUUUAUGCUAUAUAUAGUGGUGUGUUUUUAUGUAUAAAAAUUUGUCAAUAAAUGAUCUUAGCACAA